UCAGCCAUGAUAAUGGAUGUAUGAAGAAUAGAAUCACUCAAGGUGUUGAUAUCAACCAGUGGGAAACACAAUACACAUCAAAUAGGAAGGGAGAAGAAAACGAAAGCGGUGAAAAUGGUCGGCCCUUGUUGCACCAUGCCCAUGGCCAAUGCCAUGUUGAAACGGAAGCGGCGCUUUCAGAGAAGAAAGGUUGUAGACGCAGAAAGAUGACAAUAAUGGUGCUAUGGCUGUUGCGGCUGAUGUCCUUGUUGAUGCUGCUGUACAUGUUUGUGUGCCUGUUGUCGCUGUUGACGGCAUCAUUCCGGUUGCUCUGUGGUAAACUUACAGGAAGUGUGUUCUCAAACUCCUCCCUGCUCCAGAACCCUGUUACGGGACUGAUGAUAGGUAUCCUAGCAACAGUUUUAGUGCAGAGCUCCUCUACAUCAACAUCCAUUGUAGUUUCCAUGGUUGCAUCAGGAGUUAUUACAGUACAGAAUGCCAUACCUAUUGUCAUGGGUGCAAACAUCGGCACCAGCGUCACCAACACCAUUGUGUCAAUGGUGUCUUUGAAAGACAGACAGCAAUUCGAGAGAGCAUUUGCUGGCGCCACUGUCCACGACGUGUUCAACUGGUUGACUGUCAUUGUCUUGCUGCCGGUGGAAAUUGUAACAGGUUAUCUCUACCAGCUGACUCGCAGUAUCAUCAACUCCAGUGACCUUCACACCUACAAGGCAGGGAAGAAGGACAUGCUCAAAGUCAUCACUUUCGACCUCUCACAGACCUCAUUGUCCAGGUUAUCUCUACCAUCUGACUCGAAAAGUAUCAUCAACUCCAGUGACCUUCACACCUACAAGGCAGGGAAGAAGGACAUGCUCAAAGUCAUCACUCGACCUCUCACAGACCUCAUUGUGCAGGUAGACAAGAAAGUAAUACUGAAAAUAGCAGAGGGGCGCACAGAAUAUAAGAGUAAGAGAUUGUUGAAGGUGUUCUGCAGAUUCAGUGAAGUGUCAUCAGCUGUGAAUGUCUCCCACGACAACGGAACAGUCACAGAACUUCAAAACACACAAGAGGUUGGAAUGGAGAAAUGUUCAGCCCUCUUCAGUCAUCUUGGCCUUUCUGACACACAAUCAGGAAUAUUACUCCUGGUUGUCUCCCUUGUGCUACUCUGUGGAUGCCUUGUUGCCAUGGUGAAACUACUGAACUCUGUUAUGAAGAACCAUGUUGCAACAGCAAUAAAGAAAAUGGUGAAUGCUGACUUUCCUGGGAGAAGUUCCUUCUUGACUGGCUACCUCGCCAUCUUAGUCGGCGCUGGUCUCACCGUUGUCGUCCAAAGCAGUUCUGUCUUCACGUCAACACUUACUCCUCUGGUAGGCAUCGGUGCCCUCGACCUAGAACGUAUGUAUCCUCUGACUUUAGGAUCCAACAUUGGUACCACUGCCACUGCCAUUUUGGCAGCGCUGGCAUCCCCGUCGGAAAGACUUUCGACAGCUCUUCAGAUAGCGCUGUGUCAUUUUUUCUUCAAUAUCUCAGGAAUUUUGAUAUUUUAUCCCAUUCCCAUACUAAGAAGGGUUCCUUUGAAGUUGGCCCGUUUUCUGGGUAAGACGACAGCGAAGUAUCGAUGGUUUGCUCUAUUUUAUCUUUGUUUGAUGUUUGUCCUUCUACCUCUAUGUGUAUUCGGGUUGUCCUUCGCUGGAUCAACCGUCAUCAUCUCUGUUACGUCAGUAGCAGGUCUUGUAACCAUAUUCAUCAUCAUUAUAAAUAUCUUACAAGACAAACAUCCAAAAGUAUUGCCAAAAAGUAUGCAGACUUGGGACUUCCUUCCCAAACCCCUGCGCUCAUUACAACCAUAUGAUGAUAUUAUCCAGACAACUGGUUAUGCAAUUACAAAGUGUUGUAAGUGCUGUGUUCCUUGUGCUAAAACAGAGUCGGAAGCUGCAGAGUCAUUUGACCUGACCUUGACCUCAGGGUCAAGUUCACCUGACAGCAGUUGGUCAUCCACUUCCUCUUCUGACAGCACAGACUCUGCAGCAUCUGUGACAUCAUCUACACCAUUGAUGGUGUAG